CGCGAGCACGAGCCACGAACUCGUCUCCGCCCCUUUUCUCUCAAAACUUCUUUCAAUCGCGCACGAGCAUCAAAGCUCGAGUGUCGUCCGCUAUCUGACCAACGUUAAAAACUAGACACAACGACGAUGUCUAUUCAAUCGGUCUUCCAAGGCGGCGACGCGGCCCGGACCGCCGCGUCGCAGAUCGCCGAGCAGGUCAAGUCUUCCCCCGCCGGGAUGAACCCCGCAGACGUCGCCGCCCUGAGCGACGCGCUGAAAGAGGGCUCCAAAGGCACCGCCGCCGCGAGGGAGGGCGCUUGCAUCGCCAUCGACACGAUCGCGUCCGUCGCUAAGACGACCGCGGAGCACCAGCUCAUGCCGUUCGUGGCUGACCUCGUGCGAUGCUGCGCGGACAAGCACUCCAAGGAGGUGCAGUCCGCCGCCGCCGCCGCGACGCUGACGCUCGCGAAGACCUCGUCCGCGUACGGCCUCGACGCGGUGCUUCCCUCGCUCCUGACCGCGAUGGACCCGAAGGAGAAGUGGCAGACCAUGGUCGGCGCGCUGAACAUGGUCUCCAAGUUUGCGGAGUGCUCGCCUCUGUCGACGUCCUUCGCGUUGAACGACAUCAUCCCGAUCGUGACGCAGAUGGUGAACGACUCCAAGCAGGAAGUGUCCGUCGCCGCGCGCGAGUGCCUGAGCAAGAUCUGCCAGUCCAUCGACAACAGGGACGUCGAGCCGUUCAUCCCCGCGCUCGUCUCCGCGACGAUCGACCACGAGGAAGUCAUCGAGUGCGUCCAGAAGCUGGCGUCGACGACCUUCGUGCAGACGGUGACCGCGGCGCCGCUCGCGCUGAUCGCGCCGCUUCUCCUCCUCGGCUUUCGCGUGCGCUCCACCGCGACGAAGCGCAUGUGCGCGGUGAUCAUCAACAACAUGUCCAAGCUCGUCGAAGACCCGGAGGACGCCGCGCCGUUCCUCCCGAAGCUCGUUCCCGCGCUCGAGAAGGCGAAGGAGGAGAUCUCCGACCCGGAGGCGAGAACCGUGUGCGGCAAGGCGUUCGAGCAGCUCCAGUCCAUCGAGGAGAGGCUCAAGACGCACAAGUCGUGCAAGGCGGUGCGCGGCGUCGUCGAGAAGGAGGUCAAGGUCUCCUUUGGUCUCUCCGACGACAAGCUCGAGUACGUCGCCACGCUCGUGUGCUCGCUCGUGAACUGCAAGGUGAUGGACGACGACGACUGGGCGGACGAGCUCAAGCCGUACGGCGUCUCCGAGGAGGGCGCGAAGAAGGCGUUCAAGGCUCUCGCGGCGCUGUACUUCGCGGACGCGGUCGAGGAAGAGGAGGACGACGACGCUGAGCAGCUGUGCGACUGCAAGUUCACGCUCGCGUACGGCAGCAAGGUGCUGCUGCACAACACGAAGCUCAAGCUCAAGCGCGGGCACAAGUACGGCCUUCUCGGCGGGAACGACUCCGGGAAGACGACGCUGAUGCGGGCGAUCGCGAACGAGCAGGUGGACGGGUUCCCUCCCGCGAGCGAGCUCCGAACGGUGUUCGUCGAGGCGGACAUCAUCGGCGAGCUGUCCGACCUCCCGUGCGUGGAUUACAUCCUCGCGGAUCCGCGCAUUAAAAAGGCGGGCAUCACCGAGGAAGUCGUCACGCGGAUGCUCAUGUCCGUCGGCUUUGGCGAGAUGCAAAACAAGGCGAAGACGCUCGUGACGUUCCUCUCCGGCGGGUGGAGGAUGAAGCUCGCGCUCGCGCGCGCGAUGUGCCUCGACGCGGACAUUCUCCUCAUGGACGAGCCCACGAACCACCUCGACGUCAUGAACGUGAAGUGGGUCGAGGAGUACCUCCUGUCGCUCAAAAACGUGACGUGCAUCAUCGUGUCGCACGACACCGGCUUGCUCGACCGCGUGUGCAACAACAUCAUCGCGAUCGAUACGCUGAAGCUGAAACAGUUCCGCGGUAACCUCACGCAGUACGUCGAGAAGAACCCGAAGGCGAAGUCGUUCUUCGAGCUCAAGUCCUCGACCGGGUUCGUGAUGCGUUUCCCGCAGCCCGGGUUCAUCGAAGGCGUCAAGUCCAAGGGGAAGCCGCUCAUGAAGAUGGCCGGGUGCACGUACACGUACCCGGUGAACUCCGAGCCGACGGUGAAGGACGUCACCGUGCAAGUCUCCCUCGCGUCGCGCGUCGCGUGCGUCGGCCCGAACGGCGUCGGUAAAUCGACGAUGAUCAAGCUCCUGACUGGCGAGGUCAUCCCCCAGGAGGGAACCGUGUGGAAGCACCCGAACGCGCGCGUCGCGUACGUCGCGCAGCACGCGUUCCACCACAUCGAGCAGCACUUGGAUAAGACCCCGAACGAGUACAUCAGGUGGCGUUUCCAGCACGGCGACGACAAGGAGGCGCUCGUGAAGGACUCCAUGACGCUCACGGACGAGGAGGCUAAGAAGUGCAAGGAGCCGGUGACGUUUGAGCUCAAGGACGACAAGGGCAACGUCACCAAGGUGAAGUGGUGCAUCGAGAAGCUCACCGGCGGCAGGAAGACGGUCAAGAAGGAGUACGAGUACGAGGUGCAGUUCGUGAACAUGUCCUACGACUCGAACCGCUACGUUUCCGCCACGAAGCUCGCGAAGUGGGGCUUCGAGAAGCACAUGAAGAUUGUCGACGAGAAGGUUGCCCAGCGCGUGGGGGCGUUUUCCACGCCGCUCACGACGGUGAACGUCGAGAAGCACCUCGAGGACGUCGGUCUCGACAAGGAGUUUGGAACGCACACGCGCAUGUCCGCGCUGUCCGGCGGCCAGAAGGUCAAGGUUGUCAUCGCCGCCGCGAUGUGGAACAUGCCGCACAUCGUCAUCCUGGACGAGCCGACCAACUACCUCGAUCGCGACUCCCUCGGCGCGCUCGCGGGGGCGAUCCAGACGUACGAAGGCGGCGUCGUCAUGAUCACGCACAACAACGAGUUCUGCUCCGCGCUGUGCCCGGAGACGUGGCUCAUGCAGAAGGAAGACGACGGCAUCGCGCGCUGCAACUGCAAGGGCGACGCGGAGUGGAUGACGAAGAAGGCCAAGGAGCAAGUCAAGGGCGCGAUUAAGAUGGACGAAGUCACCGACGCGCUCGGGAACAUCGUCGAGGUCAAAGAACAGAAGAAGUCCAGGGAUAAGAUGUCCAACAAGGAGAAGAAGAAGGCGGACAAGCUGCGCAAGGCGAAGCUCGCGCGCGGCGAAGAGCUCUCCGAUGACGAGGGGUGGAGUGAUUAAUCCCCCCUCGUCGCGAAGAGAGGACGGCUGUCGCCCUGUAAACCAACCGCGCGCCGUCUCUCAAAAAUGUUGUCUCAACAGAACGUUACGAAGAGUACCACCACCAAGAAGAAGAAGCCGCCACGAGCGCUUCGUAUCAUCACCUUGUCUGUACACACGACAUCCUUUGACAGCUUCAAUUCAUUUUUUACGGAUUGGAGUAGCUUAACUACUCGGUAGUGAGAUAUAGCUCGUCUCAGCGAUUGUUUUUAAUGAAAAAAAAGUUCAACCGCCG